ACCUAUUAUGGCCUUCACCUGUUUCAUUGAGAAAAGCAACGAUCAGAAAAUGGAACCCGAGGAAGACAGCGACGAAAAACAAGUACUUCUUUUGACCCAACUGCCAGAAGAAAUCAUAGAGAAGAUUUUGUCACUUCUAACUUAUAACGAUUUGGCGGAAAUACGCGGUGCCUGUCAGAUCUUCAACAAACUCUGUGAACAACUUUUAAAUAGUGGAUUCUCAAAGGUGGACAAACUUCAUUCUCAAAUACAGAAGAGAGUCAAAAGUCAGCUGCCAAGGCGUGAAUCUGAGAGGCGUAAUCAUCCUCUGGCUCGGCAUGUCGAUAUCCUGUCAGCGAUUGAGACUAGGCUGUCCUUAUUAGGAAUGACAUACAUGAGAUAUAUGGACAUGGGUCUUUGCUGUUUUAUUCCUGGGAAGGUUCUGGAUGAACUUUUCAGGAUUCUAAAUACACUUAAGUACCCUCAACAACCUCCAAGGGCCCAUGAAUUCCUCCAAGAACUUAGAGAUAUUUCUUCUAUGGCUAUGGAGCAUUUUGAGGAAAAGAUUGCUCCAUCACUAAAGACCAAAAUGCCAGCUGUCACUCUUCCUUAUCCCUUCACUGACUGUGCCAGUAGGGAACAGAGUCCAGGCCCAUCUUUGAAAGUUGUUGCAUUGAAUGAUGGAGGAACAUUAAGAGGACAUUCAAUGAAGCAAGAAAUUUCAAGAUUAUCAAACCAAGUAAGAGGACUUCAGGCCAACUUACAACAGCAGAAAAAAGAGCUUUCUGAGAACAAGGCUCGUUAUGUUGAACAACGCAAGAAAGUAUUGGAGUAUGAGAGAAAGAUUCAUAUGCAGAGCAAAACUGUCACAGAACUUGGACAGAAAAUACAGAGUCAGCACACCGUAAUAUCGGAACAGAGCCAGACAAUAAGCGAUCUCAGUAAAAAAAUCUUAGAGUUUGAUCAGAAAUUUGCUGAUGUGUACUCUGAACUGAGUCGAAUCAAAGGUGACAGCGACACCUGUUUGAGUUCACAAUCAUCAACUUCUUCAAUUAUUGCAUGCUCAAGUAAUAGUCUUGAUGAUUUGGGAUUGGAGAGUAGAGAAAAAAGGGACUCACUUAAAAGGAAAUCUAUACGAGGGGGGACUGAGCAAUUAAAAAAACAGAGAAAAAUAUAAGUUAAUUUAUGCUGGCUUACACUGAUGUAUAAUUUCACAAUGUUAAAAUUACUGAAACCUUGUAAUGGUAUGAAAAAUACUCUGAAGCCAGAUUUUUAGGUCAUCUGAGUCACUCCCAUCUGUCUUACAAUGUAAUUAUGUCCAUCAGAAGUAAUUUGUUGAAAUUUUUUUUAGCUUCUUCUCUGAAAUGCAUGAACACAUCUUUGCCAGUAUAUAGUAUCUUUGGGAAAAGGGAAACAGAAAUGUUGAAUUUCAAGAUCCCUGCACCCCAAGGCCUGAGUUGUAGGGCCUUAUAUAUUAAUAGAAAUAUUGCAAUCUUCAAAAAUCUUUCAUUCUAAUGAACAUCUAGCAAGCAAACUCUUCAGCCCACUUCCAAAAUUUUUAAAUUCCAUACCCCUAGUCUACACCUUAGGCUAAGUUGAUCAUAUGCAUAUAUAUAUGUAUAUUGAAAAUGUAUCAUAUCUAAGAAGUUUCUGCAAGCAGUGUGAAUCACUAAAAUUCAAAUUAAAAAAAAAAUUUGCAAGAUCUGCAGAGGAUCAUCACUCACUAAUAUUUUGUCAACUUGAUGCAGUAUGAUACAUGUAUGUGAGGUUAAAGAAGGCUGACUGUGGAUAUACACAUGUAAUACCAAGAACAGAUUUAUCAUCCAUUAUCUGUGAAAAGAUGAUGUAAACAUACUUAUGUUAGUUGUAAUCAUAUUUUAGCCCUUUUCCUGCUGCUUUCUUGUCCACAUACGAUUAUACUAAUCAAUUGAUGAGGAAGAUUGCCCUAAGUUUUGAGUGCAUUCAUUAAUUUAUGUAUGUUAAUAGUAAUUGGUUUAAAGUCUGUUUUCACAACUUUGACUUCCUUUCAAAUCUUUUGCAGAGGUAAAUUAAGACAUGUGACACUAAUUACACAAACAUAGACAAUGUACAAACUGUUUGACUAAUUCACAAAAUUUUAAAAAUUUGUAGACUUCAAUGCUGCGAUAAAUACCCAGUAGUUAAAUUAUCUUUGUAUAUUAAUUUUCAGAUUGAAUUGUUGUGUUGUAUGGUAACCUAUGUAUUCCAUUAUUAUUAUUGUUUAAGUAUAGUGCCACUAGAACACUGGGAUAUGUGGGAUUAGCCAUAAAGGAACCUUUGUUGUUAAAUUUAUCAUUAUUGUUUUCACACUUAGUGCCAACAUUUUGCAAGUACUUCCCUUAUUCAUUACUUAAAUAUGUGACUAAAAUAAAGCAUUGUGAUACAAGAUAUGUAAUGGACUACUUUCAAAGCUUGAUAUUUGCAUAUCUUAAAUACAUUGAAAGACUUUUCGUUGCUUGAAUAGAAUAGUAUAUUUUGAUUCAAAUACAUGAACAUAUUUUCAGAUUGAAUAUGUACACUAAAAUUUGAAAAUUAUGUAAAAGAAUUUGGGUUCUUAAGGUUGGCUUUUUUAGUAGGAAAUGCACAUUUGGUAUUAGGUAGAACAGUUAACAUUUAAUUCUCCAACCAAUCACUAGUCAGCUAUUCAGAUUGUAUAUACUGUAUAAGAAGUUAUCACCUGAUAAAAGGUGUGCUUCAUGGGAUUUUGUCCUGCUAGGAUAGUAGCUCACCUGAUCCGAAGGCUCAAGUGAGCUUUUCUGAUCACAUUUUGUCCGUCGUCCGUCCGUCUGUCUGUCUGUCUGUCCGUCCGUCUGUAAACUUUUCACAUUUUUGACUUCUUCUCAAGAACCACUGGGCCAAUUUUGACCAAACUUGGUACAUAGCAUCCUUGGGUGAAGGGGAAUUUAAAUUGUUAAAAUGAAGGGCCAAGUCCCCUCACAAGGGGAGAUAAUCAAGAGAAGACAAAAAUAGGGUGGGGUCAUUAAAAAAUCUUCUUCUCAAGAACCACAGGGCCAGUAAAGCUGAAACUUAUAUGGAAGCAUCCUGGGGUAGUGUAGAUUCUAAAUUGUUCAAAUCAUGACCCCCGGGGGUAGGGCGAGGCCACAAUGUGGAAUCAAUGUUUUACAUAGAAAUAUAUAGGAAAAAUCUUUAAAAAUCUUCUUCUCAAGAACAACUGGGCCAGUAAAGCUGAAACUUAUGUGGAAGCAUCCUGGGAUAGUGUAGAUUUUAAAUUGUUCAAAUCAUGACCCCCGGGGGUAGGGCGGGGCCACAAGAGGGAGUCCAAGUUGUACAUUGAAAUUAAUAAGAAAAAUCUUGAAAAAUUCUUCUUCUCAAGAACCACUAGGCCAGAAAAGCUGAAACUUAUGUGGAAGCAUCAUGGUGUAGUGUAGAUUUUUAAUUGUUAAAAUCAUGACCCCCGGGGGAAGGGCGGGGCAGCAAUAGGGAAUCCAAGUUUUACAUUGAAAUAAAUAGGAAAAAUUUUUAAAAAUCUUCUUCUCAAGAUCUACUUGGCCAGAAAAGCUGAAACUUAUGUGGAAGCAUCCUGGGGUAGUGGAGAUUCUAAAUUGUUAAAAUCAUGACCCCCGGGGGUAGGGCAGGGCCACAAUAGGGAAUCCAAAUUUUACAUUGAAAUAUAUAAGAAAAAUCUUUAACAAUCUUCUUCUCAAGAACCAUUAGGCAAGAAAAGCUGAAACUUUGUGGAAGUAUCCUGGGGUAGUGUAGAUUCUAAAUUAUUCAAAUCAUGACCCCCGGGGAUAGAGCAGGGCCACAAAAGGGAAUCCAAGUUUUACAUUGAAAUAAAUAGGAAAAAUCUUUUAAAAUCUUCUUCUCAAGAACAACUGGGCCAGUAAAGCUGAAACUUAUGUGGAAGCAUCCUGGGAUAGUGAAGAUGCUAAAUUAUAAAAAUCAUGACCCCUGGGGGUAGGGCGGGGCCACAAUAGGGAAUCCAAGUUUUACAUUGAAAUAUGUAAGAAAAAUCUUGAAAAAUCUUCUUCUCAAACACAACUGGGCCAGAAAAACUGAAACUUAUGUGGAAGCAUCCUGGGGUAGUGUAGAUACUAAAUUGUAAAAAUCAUGACCCCUGGGGGUAGGGCGGGGCCACAAUAGGGAAUCCAAUUUAUACAUUGAAAUAUGUAAGAAAAAUCUUCUUCUCAAGAACAACUGGGCCAGAAAAACUGAAACUUAAGUGGAAGCAUCCUGGGAUAGUGUAGAUUUUUAAUUGUUAAAAUCAUGACCCCCAGGGGUAGGGCAGGGCCACAAUAAGUAUUAGAAGGGGGGAAAUCUGGUAAAGAACAGCAUGGCCAAAGUUACUCAGGUGAGCGAUGUGGCCCAUUGGCCUCUUGUUUUUUAAUCAUAUCACUGUUAAAAUCAUCUUUAUUCAGGAUGUAUACUAUAUGAAUUCAUUAUUUAUAUUUAUUAUUAAAAAAAACUGCAUGAUUAUAAGUGAUAUUUCCACUUAUAAAUCAUUUAACUGCUGUGGUUCACCUUUAUAUUAAAUGAACAUCUUUCUUCCUCUCCACUAAUAUUGUGCAGAUUUUAUCAAUUUUUCAAAAUGUAAUUGUUUAUCUUAGCUUAUAUUAUUCCCAAGUAUUUGUAGCAUUGUUAAAAAGUGUUUUUGUCUUUCAUUUUACAUACACCUUUUCCACCGUCUAACAUGUUAUGUAUUUAGUAUCAUUUUGUUAUUUUGUGGUACCAUAAGCAUUUACAAUGACUUCAGAUGCAAUGAACAGUUAAAAAACAAUAUAUGUGUACAAUGCAUUUCAGAAUUCUGAUACAUUUGUAAGGGUUUUUUAUGCAGUCAAAAUUUUAAAAACUAAACCUUUCUUUAAAAAUAAAGAUGAACAGGUAUUCAA